CUUCUGGCGUUUCUCGGCGUAGUUGGAUGUUUCCCACCCUGCUGCGGGGCGCGCUGGCAACGGGAAUCGGUCUGAAAAUCAAAACAUACGAUGAUGAAACGUCAGCAGGUCUUACAGGGAGGUGAAGAGACGAAGUAAGACUCCUCCGCCGCGAAGACGUUUAUGUGGAGUGGUUUGAUGGUGUAAUUGCCUGUCAUCUUCCUCAGGAUCCAUGUCUUUUUUGCGCUGGGUGUCGGAGAAGCUGAGUGUGGAGAGUCUGAGGGAUCUGGAGUUAUUUGGAGAGCAAGCUCAGGCAAGCCCGCUCAGGAAAGCCCAUGAAGACAGUAGCGAGUCUCUGAGCCCCCUCCCACCGCGGGACACCAUGGGAACCUUCCUUCCAGACAGCAGUGCCUACGAGCUCCUCACCGUCAUAGGUCGUGGUCUGGAGGACCUGAUGACGGUGAACUUGGCCAGGUACAGACCCACCGGAGAGCAUGUUGCUAUCAGACGGAUUGAUCUGGAGUCCUGCACCAACGACAUGGUCAACUACCUGCAGGGAGAACUCCAUGUCUCUAAGCUUUUCCACCAUCCCAGCAUCCUCCCUUACAAAAGCAUCUUCAUCGCAGAGAACGAGUUAUGGGUGAUCACUCCAUUCAUGGCCUACGGCUCAGCACGAGAUUUGAUCAGCACUCACUUCACAGACGGUAUGAGUGAGCUGACCAUCGCCUACAUCCUGCACGGAGUUCUCCGGGCGCUGGAGUAUAUUCAUCACAUGGGCUACGUACACCGGAGUGUGAAAGCGAGUCACAUUCUGAUCUCAGCAGACGGUCAGGUGUAUCUGUCCGGUCUGAGGAGCAUCUUCAGUCUGAUACGGCACGGCCAGAGGGCACGAGUGGUCCACGAUUUCCCCCAGUACAGUGUUAAAGUGCUGCCCUGGCUCAGUCCUGAGGUGCUACAACAGAAUCUUCAGGGGUACGACUUCCGCUCAGACAUUUACAGUCUAGGAAUUACUGCGUGCGAGCUGGCUAAUGGUCAUGUUCCAUUUAAAGACAUGCCUGUGUAUCAGAUGCUGUUGGAGAAGUUGAACGGUACAGUGCCGUGUCUGCUGGACACUACCACCAUCCCCCCCGAGGAGCUCAGUAUGAAGCCUUCUCGCUCAGGGGCCGACUCGGGGAUCUGUGAGGGUCCUGGGGCCGGAGGGGCCCGCCACACCAACGGAGAACCCUCAUCCUCCUCAGGGGCGAAUCCAUACAGCCGCACCUUCAGCUCUCACUUCCAUGCCUUCGUGGAGCUGUGCCUCCAGAGAGACCCUGAGAAGAGACCGUCUGCCAGCACACUCAUUGGUCACUCCUUCUUUAAGCAGAUAAAGCGCCGGCCGUGUGAGGCUUUGCCUGACCUACUGCGUCCUGUUUCACCUCUCAGCACCUUUGAGUGUGUCCAGCCUCAGGACUCCCCUUCAGGGCUGGCCAGCCUGGAGUCUGGCCUCAGCCACCUGGAUGUGGACGACUGGGACUUCUGACGGGUGGCCGGUCAAAGAGAUGGGGGGGGAUAGAUAGAGUCAGAUAAAAGAAUGGACAACUUGCGCUAAGUGACUUUUGGAUGAAAAUAAAAACAAACGGAGGACUUGUUUCUGACGUGGUGGGGUCGGAGUUUCCGCAGGUGCAUGUGUUUGCUAACGAGUUGAACGUGAAAGCAGAACGAGGAGGAAGGGUUUAAAGGAACGGGUCAGUCGGUUAUGCUAAAGAACAGCCACAGACUAGCAUUAUGAAAACGACAUCUUAAUGCUUAUGAUGCCAGUCAGUAAUGCUAAUGUUGCUAACAACGAAC